AUGGAUCCUUCUUCAAUCGAAGCCCCUCCAAUGGAAUCCAAAACUUGUGUUACCAAGGAACAGGAUCUGGAGUGCGGACUGACUACCAAUGCUCUCUUCGUCAACGAUACAGUCCAUACUCUGUCUUGGGAGAACCUUAGCGUUCAUGUUGAGGAUCGGAAGAGCAAAACGCCAAAAGCAAUUUUGAGCUCGACCUUCGGCCAUGUUGAGCCAGGAAAAGUUCUUGCACUCAUGGGGCCCAGCGGAUGUGGCAAGACUACUAUGCUCAAUGCUUUAGCUCAUCGUCUUGUUUCCACCAAAAUGAAAUUGACUGGCACGAUACAUGUCAACGGUCAAUCCACAACAGCUUCUAAGCUCAGUAAUGUGGCAAGAUACGUCGAGCAGGAAGAUGCUCUAGUCGGAAGUUUGACUGUCAAAGAAACUGUGGAUUUUGGAGCCCGUCUCGCCCUGUCUCAGUCUAUUUCAAAGACUGAACGCAACCAGCGUGUUCACGAUGCUCUUCAAUCCUUCGGCAUACUGGAGCAAGCGGACUCAGUCAUCGGUACUCCCCUACGGAAAGGCAUCUCAGGGGGGCAGAAGAAACGAGUUAGCGUUGCCAGUCAGCUUGUCACAUCUCCGAAGAUUCUGUUCCUAGAUGAACCAACUUCGGGCCUUGACUCCGCAGCCUCUCGAGAAGUGAUGUCUUACAUCACUAGUCUCGCCAAAGAACUCAACUUAGUUGUUGUCAUAUCAAUUCAUCAACCCUCAACCACAACCUUUGAACUCCUCGAUCAGAUUAUGCUUCUAUCAGCUGGGAAGACUUGCUUCUUUGGUCCACGAGGUGACCUUGAAUCAUACUUUGACACAAUCGGUUAUCCAAUCCCCCUCCACACGAACCCUGCUGAAUUCUUACUCGAUCUGGUCAAUGUUGACUUCGCGAAAGACAGAAGUGCAGCUAAAGAACACCUUGAAAAAAUUCACAACACUUGGGCUACUUCGAGCAAAUCUCAAAAUGUAAACCGGGAGGUGUUGUCACUCAGCCAAAACAAUACAGGAACAUUGCAAGUUGAGAAUACAAGCAGGCCAAACAUGGCCACUGUCACAUGGACAUUGCUUCACCGAGCAUUCAUCAAGUCCUACCGAGACAUGAUAGCAUAUCAGAUUCGCAUAGCCAUGUAUACAGCACUUGCUAUUAUGAUGGGAACUGUCUGGUUGAGGCUUCCGUAUGAACAGACGUCCAUCCAGACGUGGAUAAACGCCAUAUUCUUCAGUGGAGCUUUCAUGUCAUUCAUGGCAGUGGCUUACAUUCCUGCCUACGUGGAGGACUUGCAAAUGUUUCGCAAAGAAAGAGCCAAUGGGCUCUACGGCCCCUUUCCUUUCAUGCUGGCAAACUUCCUUAUCGGCAUGCCCUAUCUGUUUCUCAUAACAUUCUUGUUCAGUGUUAUUGCUUAUUGGCUAGCCAACUUUCGCCCGAGUGCGGGCGGCUUUUGGAUGUUCACGUUAUACCUAUUCUUGGACCUGCUCGCCGCGGAAGGUCUUGUUAUUCUUGUUACGAGCAUCAUGCCAAUCUUUGUCGUAGCAUUGGCUGUUACAGCAUUCGCGAAUGGUUUGUGGAUGUGUGUCGGAGGCUUCCUUGUGCCCCCGGGGACUCUAAACGUCUUUUGGAAAUAUGUUUUCCAUUACAUUGACUAUCAGGCCUGGGUCACGGAAGGCCUCAUUAUUAACCAAUUCAAGACAACCAUUUACGACUGCGCCCUUGGUAGUAAUGGAAGCUAUAACUGCAUGUACCCGAGUGACUUGAUGUCGGAGGGAAAGAUCAGAGGUACUGUUGUUGUUGAUGCAUAUAGGUACAGCAGCAACGACACCCAUGGAAAAUUAAUUGGUAUCAUGGUGGGAAUCAUUGUUGCAUAUCGUGUGUUCGGCUUUGGUGUACUUGUACUCAAGAGAUACUAA